AUGCUUAGAUAUACCAUCCUUGGGACUAAGGUCAUGUUUGCUCCAUCGAAGAUACUGGUAAGGACUUUAUUUGAGUCGCCUAUAUUAAGAAAUAAUAGUUGCAAAACAUAUACAUUCAAUGACAUCAAGCAUUUAAUAGAAAACCCUUUAUCAGAUAAGAUACUGGUGGAUGUUAGAGAACCAGAAGAACAUUUAGAAUAUGCAAUCCCAACAUCUGUUAACAUUCCAGUGAAUACAGCACCUGGUGCAUUGGGUCUUCUGGCUGAAGAAUUCCAAAAGAUGUUCAAUUUCGGAAAACCUGAGACCUCGAAGGAAUUGGUCUUCUAUUGCAAGAGCGGAACUAGAGCCAAAGCUGCAGAAGAACUGGCCAGGUCAUACGGAUAUCAAAAUACCGGUAUAUAUCAAGGUUCUGUAACAGAUUGGUUAAAGAAACAGAGUCACAAACUCAGUUCAAAAAACUAA